CUUUCUAAAAUCACGUUCGAUGGUGAUGAACUUCAUUUCUGACUAUGAUUACUUUGUUGGGGAAGGUUCUGCAAACUUACUUUCUGUUCUGCUAAGAUACUCCGGAUCACAUAUUAAAAUAGAUGACUUCCCCUCUCUGUUACCAUUUGUCUUUAAGCCAUCAGCAGUUCUAAUUAUAUUUUGUUUUGCUAGUCUUAAGAGGGUCACAAAAGAACUCCUUGUGGCACUUGUAAUCAGAAAACAAUUGGAAAACAUUGACUGUGCUUCAGUCAUGUCCCCUCUGUACACUGCAAUAUGUUUGGCUGUGCUGUUUGACCCAAUAGGUACCACAAUAAUUCAGACUGAUGUUUUCGACAGCUGCAAGUGGAAGUGUUUGCUAUUUGCUCAACUGUGGCCAGGAUCAUUCUGCAUGACUUUGCCAAAACAAGACUGCAGGAUCCCGGAUCAUGUGGAUGGAUGGACUAUACAUGGACUAUGGCCAAGUGGGCGCAGAACCUGCAAUAACACAUGGCAUUUAACUCAUGAGGACAUUGACGACCUUCAAGUUGACUUGUUCCUUCACUGGCCAAGUCUAACCAAUACUAAUGCUUUCAAGUUUUGGGGGAAUGAAUGGAGAAAACAUGGUACCUGCGCUGCCUGUGCUGACAGCAUGUCCUGCCCACAUAAGUACUUCAGUCUUGCACUCCAGCUACAGAAACAGUUUGCCAUCAAUGAAGCCUUCAUUGCUGCUGGUAUCACCCCUUCUUGUGAUAACAGCUACAAGUUGGAACAUUUCCACUCGGCGUUAACUGAUAUGGGCACUCAUGUCGAGUUCCAGUGUUGCACACUCAUGAAACGACAGAUUCUCAUGCAAAUCAAAGUUCCCCUAAGUAAGGACUUGUCUGUUGGCUGCAAUCAUACCGAGGAACAUUUCAGCAAUCAGUAUUAUCAUCCAUGUACAAACAAGGCUGAAAUAUACUUCUAUCCCUUCACACGUCAUCCACAUAAUCCUUGUCCCUAAAGGGAUCUUCUAUUUACAUUUUUGUUGUUUUCAGGAUGACUGCUUUCGAUUGAAAUCUAUUAGGUGCCCUAUCUUCUGAUAUUCCAUGUAAGCCAAAUGAUUAUUUGUUUGUUAUGUUUCUGGGUGAAGGGCAAGGCAACAGUGUCAUUAUUUUGAUAAACGAUUGUGUCUGGCCCUUCUUCAUUUAUCUUAUGAUUCAAAAUGUAAUUAAGUUUAACCUACUGAUUUUUUUGGCCUUAUUGUGUUGCAUUUCAUUUGACAAGGUUAACAUUCAAUCUCCAGAACUGUAUCUCUAAGUUCAUUUCUGGCACGUUGUUUUCUCUAUUAAAUCAAAGUGACACCUCUGUCAGUUCUGCUCCCAAUGAGACAAUCAUUAUCCGCCCCAUACUUGCAUUAAGAUCCUUUAUUGGCACAGACAUUUGCAUUCAUCUGAAAUUAUUCAACACUCUUUAAAAUUUGUCUUUUUAUUUU